CGCAACCCGGUGCGAGCCGCCUUUCCCGUCACGAGCACGAGACGGAACCGGGCACCGAGGCCACCCACGGCUCGGCGCAGCGGCGUGCGAUAAGGGAGACCGACCGAGGGAGCGAGCGAACCUCUCCGGUGAGGGGACGGGGACGACAAGGCCGGCAAGAUUCGAGGGGCCGGCGGAACCAAGCGGAAGGCAGCAGAGUCGUCGUCCACGCGGGGCGGCCGCCGGCGGACGGAGCCGGCAGCUCCGGCGCCCAAAGAGAUGGGGGUCGACUACUACAAGGUCCUCGGCGUCGACCGCGGCGCCAGCGACGACGACCUCAAGAAGGCCUACCGCAAGCUCGCCAUGCGGUGGCACCCAGACAAGAACCCCACCACCAAGAAGGAGGCGGAGGCCAAGUUCAAGCAGAUCUCCGAGGCGUACGAGGUCCUUAGCGACUUCCAGAAACGCACAAUAUAUGACCAGCUAGGGGAAGAAGGGCUCAAGGGACAGCCGCCUCCAGGGGCAGGAGGUCCUGGUGCAUCUUCUUUCUACCCUGGUGGUGGCCAGUCAACCUCAUUUCACUUCAAUCCGAGGAGUGCGGAUGAUAUAUUUGCUGAGUUUUUUGGAUUUUCUGGGCCUUCCUUCCUGGGUGGCAUGCCGGGUGGCAGCAUGAGAGGGGAACCAAGAUCUUAUGGUGGGGGCGUGUUUAGCAACGAGUAUCUCGCUAAGCGAUUUGCAGAGGGUUCUGCCGGCAAUAUGCCGCGCCCAUCACACAAACCAGCACCCAUUGAGAAUCAGCUUUCAGUGACCCUUGCGGAUUUGUAUAAGGGUGUGGCCAAAAAGAUGAAAAUCUCAAGAGAGGUCAUAGAGACCAGUGGGAGAGUUUCACAGGUAGAAGAAAUUCUGACGAUAGAUGUGAAGCCCGGUUGGAAGAAGGGGACAAAGAUCACCUUCCCUGAAAAGGGAAAUGAAUCUCCAAGCAUGAUGCCUGCUGAUAUUGUCUUCAUCAUUGAAGAGAAGCCCCAUGAUGUUUUCACCAGGGAAGGAAACGAUCUUGUCAUGACACAGAAGAUCUCCUUGGUGGAAGCAUUGACUGGCUAUACCGUGCAACUCACAACGCUCGACGGGCGGAGCUUGUCUAGACAAGUUAACUCGGUAAUCCACCCUAGCUAUGAAGAGGUGAUCCCUGGAGAGGGGAUGCCAAUACCCAAGGAGCCCGGUAAGAAGGGAAAUCUGCGCGUUAAGUUCAGCAUCAAGUUCCCUUCCAGGCUGACAUCUGACCAGAAAGCUGGGAUCAAAAGGCUGUUGGGUUCUUAGCCCUGUGUGCCAUUUUCUAUAGACUGAUGAAAGCGACUGUGAAUAUCUCCAGCAUGUGGCUAGGUAGAUUUCUAUCUGUCCGGUUUGGACAAUGAGCGGAAUUGGUCUUGGUUAUUCCGUUUACAUACCUGUAGAAAUGAUGUUGUCAUUCUAUGUGUUGUUUUUCCCCAUAACUUGGUAGAGGCUUUUUCACAUAUGUGACCAGGCUGGUUGUUGUCAAUGUUUUAAUCUGUUCUUCCUCGGGAUUGCAGGAAGGUUUGAGUCCAGAAACGUUAUACAGAUUUUGUCCCCUGUUGUGUCAGGAUAA